AUGGAACUUAGAGAGUUUGUGGUUGAGGUUAGACGAGUGAAUGAUAGAUUUAUGGUUAUUAAGUUUGUGGUUGGAGAGUACACCCUAAACGUCGUUAGAGCCUAUGCGCCACAUGCAGGCCUAGAUGAGGAGGUUAAACGAUGUUUCUGGGAGGGUUUAGAUGAGAUUGUGCACCAGGUUCCGCCACCUGAAAAGCUAUUCAUAGGAGGGGAUUUCAAUGGCCAUAUUGGGGCGUCCGCAGGUGGCUAUGGCGAGGUGCAUGGAGGCUUUGGUUUUGGGGAGAGAAACGGAGGAGGUACCUCGCUGUUGGACUUUACUAAGGCUUUUGGGAGGUGUGAUAGCGCGUUGUGCAAGGACUGCAAGGUGAUUCCGAGUGAGACACUCGUGACGCAACAUAGACUCUUGGUGUUAGACGUUGGUAUUCUGAUAGAGAGAAGGAAAAUGAUAGCUCGGAGAAAACCAAGAAUCAGGUGGGGAGCCUUGACUAAGGAUAAAGCCCAAGAGUUGGAGUGCUAG